AUGAAUUCAAUAUUUCUCUACGCUGACCAAGAUGUUGAUGAAGACAGAAAGUUCUGGCUACCUUGCAAGCAUUUUUCUACACAAAUAUUAUAUGAAGGUGACCUGAUUGAAGUUACAAAAUCAGGUCUGAAAAAGAAUCAUUUUAUUCUAGAACAAAAUAGACUAUUUAAAGAAAAUCCAAUAACCCACUUACUUACAAAACGUUGUGACUUAAAAUGAAAGAGCAUUGAGCCUUUCAUAGAAUUCAAUGAUGAUGUCACUAGUUUUGUACUGAGAGUCGGCUAUGAUGACUGCUACAGAGACUUUUAUGCUCCCUCAGAGGAUUCCUUAAACAAAUGGCUUGACAAUUUAUCUCAAAUUGGUAUCAUGAGUACCAUAGAAAAUGAUUUUACAUUAAUUAAAGAAAUUGGCAGAGGUACUUUUUCAGUUGUAUUUUUAGGAGUAGAUAAUGAAACUUCCAAAUCCUAUGCAAUUAAAUGCAUUGACAAAAUUUUUUUAGGAAAAACCAAAUAUGGAUACAAGGCAAUUUUCGAAGAAAUCAAAGUUAUGAGAAAGUUAAAUCACCCCAACAUCGUGAAAUUACAUAAAGUUUACGAAAGCAAUCAGUAUGUUUAUCUGGUGCUGGACUAUGUGCCUGGCGGUAAUAUGGUGCAAAGGGUAUCUUCUUUAAAAAACCUUUCAGAAGAUGCAGCAUCCAGCUUUAUAAAAAAAUUUUUAGAAGUCCUUGUAUAUUUAGAAUCAAGCUCAGUGAUACAUAGAGACAUCAAACUAGAUAACAUCGUCAUGAUGAGCAAUGACCCAAAUAAUUUUGAUUUUAAAUUGAUUGAUUUUGGACUUUCUUGUAAAUAUCAAAAAGAUAUUACUACCUAUUGUGGUUCACCUGGAUAUAUCGCUCCAGAAGUAAUAUCUCAGAUUCCUUAUGGGUAUAAGGCUGAUAUUUUUAGCACUGGGAUAAUCUUGUAUAUACUUCUAUCAGGCAAAAAGCCUUUUUCAGGAGAUGAUAAAUCAACAAUUUUACAAAACAAUAAAGAAUGCAAAAUAUCUUUCAAGGGAGCAAUAUGGGAUGAAGUUUCUCCUGCAGCAAUUGAUAUGAUUUUGGAUUUAACCAGUGUUAAUCCAAAGUUAAGACCCACUGCAAGUCAAGCGCUGCGAAACUUAUGACUCAAGAAAAAAGAAACAGAUUUUAGCCAAAGUGACACAUCCAAAUAUAAUGCCACUACAGAAGACUCAAGUAAUGAAGAUUGCAUAUCAGAGACCACAACGCUAUUUAACUUGUAA